AUGAGCCGCCUGGCGUCUACGCCCACUGUCGCCCCCGCCGCCGACCACCACCACCACUACCACCCCGGCCCCUCCCGGACGGUCGCCACAGAGCAGCGCCCAGGGGCUGAGGGCAGGGGCGGGAGGCGCCGCGGCCGGCUGGACUCGCUGGCGCAGCACUUCGGGCGCUUCCGCCUCCCGUUCUGCGCGGCCUACACGGUCUGGGACCUGCUGCGCGGCAUGGCCGGCCCGGAGAGCCUGGACUGCAGCCUGCCGCACCUGCUGGGGGACUCGCUGGCCGCGGCGGCCGGAGCCCAGCACGGCGAGGCCUGCCGGAGCUGCCUGGAGGCCUACCAGCGCCUGGACCAACACGCUCAGGAAAAAUACGAGGAGUUCGACCUGCUGCUGGAGAAGUACCUGCAGGCCGAGGACUACUCGGCUGUCUACAAGGCUUGGCUGUGCUCUGAGUAUUUCAAUGUGACACAACUGCAGUGCCAACACCGGGUUCCAUGCAAGCAAUACUGCCUGGAGGUGCAGACGAGAUGUCCCUUUGUGCUGCCGGACAAUGACGACCUGAUCUACGGAGGGUUGCCAGGCUUCAUCUGCACAGGGUUGCUGGAGGAGCAGCUGCCGGACCAGGAAGCCAAAUGCUGUGAGGUCCACUGGGACUCCUGCAGCCGCCAGAGUGAAGGCAGUGGCCACAACACAUCCAGCAGUUCCACGGAGUCAGCGUCAUUCCACCCCCAGCCCCAGGACUCCCGCCGCCGCCACCGCCACCACCACCACCACCACCACCACCAGCAGCAGCACUACAACCUCUACUACCCCCACCCCCACCACCAGUACCAUCACCCUCACCCCUCUUUGCUGCCGGUCUCUGCAGGGUCUCGCCUCGGCAACAGCAAAAUCAGACUCUGCGUUCUGGUCCUCAUGCUUCUUCACACCAUGGUGUCCUUCUCCAGCGUCCACAGUGGGGGGGUGGCUGCCGGAGGGAGCCUGAGCUUGGAGGCCUUGCCCACCAUGGAUGAGAGCCUGCCUAGAGACGAGUGACUCUCCCCCCCCUCCACCCCGGCAGGGGAAAAGGAAAACUUCCGGCAGGACGCCUGCUCUUUUCCCAUCCAGGGAGGGGGCACAUGCUAUAUACCUCCAGUGAGAGGCCUGGGCUGGGGGUAAUGCACACCUACCCACCCCAGCAUGGAGCCCCCACCCGCCAGAGUGGCUCCUCACAGGGGCCUCCCUGUGACAAAGAGUCCCUGACACACACACACACACAGGGCUGCGGGGACUCAGCCUGGAGAAGGGCUCGGUCCGCAACAGGCCUGGCGCCAACGGGCUGGCAGCCCGGCAGAGGCUCAUAAAGGGGUACGAAAGGGAAGCUGCGAUGACGGGAGGUGGCCUGGCCUUCAGGGAAAGGCAGGGGCCCGGAGAAUGCCCGUCGGUCGGUCGGUCGGUUGGUCGGCAAGAGGAAAGCGCUGGUUCUCUUGCUUUUGAGAUGUGUAAGUUGGGGUCCUGUGGGGAAGCGCUGGUUCUCUGCACCACCUUGGGUGAAACCUGCCCUCGGGGGAAGAGACCAGGCUGAGGAGGGGUCUUUUCCCAUUCUUCCAGCCAGUCCUGAUGGUGCAGCACCCACCCACCCUGAUGUUGAAGGCCCCGUACCUUACCUCCCUUCCUCCUGAGGAUAACCGGUGGCAACCUGUGAGGCCACCUCUCCAUACUCUGGUGGGUCACGCUAGGUUCCAUGGUGGCUGGGUGGCCCGGGGGUUGCAAUCCAGAGCUGCCAGAGGGCUUGAUUCCUGAAGGAAUGGCUGCCUCAUCCCUCCGAAGCCCAGGACAUCCGUCCUGUGAAGAAGAGCAGGUCCCGUCCCGUCCCACGGGGCUCCCUCGCCUGCAUGGGGUCCCUGUCGACUCCCGGGGCCUCUUUGGCCCUUGAGUGAAAUCCGCCUCUAAUGCAAGUAGCAGUUUCACGCAAGUGUAGGGUUGAUUUGUUUUUAAAUCAGAGUUAAACCCCCUUCCAAACAUUUGCUGGCAGUCCUGCUGCUCUUCCCCUACCCUGUCCAAGCUCAGCAGCAGCCAGCUGCGUUUUUAAAAAAACCACGCACAAAAACUGCAGGAAAGUAUUUGAUGCGGUAUCCGGUUUGGCCCAUAAUGUGUCACUCAUGGGGGGGGGAGAAUCACACCAGGAGAUUUCCUUCCAAAGUGUCCCUCAUUCUCUGGACAUGUGGCUUCUUUCUCCAAGGCAGGCUCUGUAUGUGCGUGUGAGCGAGUGUGUGUGGCGUGUUCCUAGCUGCUUCCUGUUAAUUUCCUCACUAGCCCACUGCAGUGUUCCAGGUCCAUUUCGAGAUUGACCAGAGUCUGGGAAGGAAGGAGCCAAGGACUCCCCCCCCCAACAAACCCAGGCCCAGAGGAGCCCUCGGCUCCAGGAGGAAGAAGCCCUGAUUAGGGGAGCCCCACGUCUGGGCAGAGGCAGGAAGGGAGUCUCCUCCGUCCUUCUGGCCCAGGGCUAGUGGCCCGGACGGAGAGCAGGGUCCCUCCUCCUGCAGCCCCUGCUCGGUCAGGAAUCCAGGCCUGAACCGGCCAUCGAGUCACGGUCCAUCCCAUGAGAAUGCCGUGGAGGAGGCAGAAGGCGGGGGGGGCUUUCCGGAGCAGCCAGCUUUUCCUCCUCCUGCCCCCCCCCAAAAUGCCCCAGUGUGGCAGGAGUUCUUUGAAAGAAGACUGAGGACAAGCAUCUGGUCCAGGGAAUUUAUUCUCCGGCUCGGUGCCUCCCUGCCCAUUUCCUGCCUCGCAGAUAGUGAGGACAGUGGGGAGAGGGGUGCCAGGAGAGCCACUCACCUGUCUUGUCUGCAUCCUGGAUGCGGCCGAGGGCUAAUACCUUGAACAAACCCACACAAGGAAGCCUGAGAUAACCCCAGAAGGGAACCUCUCACACGCAUGUGGAAAUGCAAAGGUGCCCUCCUCAAACCCAAGCUUAGGCACCACCACAAAGCUUCCCUCCAAGCGGGGUCAAGAAGGCACAGUCCUUUUCUCAGAAUAGGUCAGUCAGAGUCGCCCUCCUCCCCUUCCCAGGGCCCUUUUGUUCUGGGGAAUUUGUCCUCAGCUCCUCUAUCAGUAGGCAGUGUGCGUCGGGGGGGGGGGUGGUCAUUUUCUAUGUCGAUGCUCCAUGUAAGGAAGAACUGCCGGGGGGGGGGACCCAUCCCCUUGUCGAGAAGCAACCGUGGUGUUUGAGCCGGGCUGUUCUGCCUGAACGAGGCCCCUGCCCCCAAAGGCACCCCAAGCAGGCCAAGGCUCCCGGCUACCUGAGAAGAGAAGCACCUUCAGGGACACCCAGCAGAACCUCACAGGCCUCCUGGCCUUUUCUCCUGCAGGGUCCGGUGGAAAGUGGAUGUGUGUCUUUCCCCGCCUUAUGUCCCCUGGGUAGUGAGGCUUAUUCCAGAUCUGUAAACAUAUUACUUUCUCUCUGAAGGCAUCCUUUGCCAUUGGCUACCAAGGUUUGUAAUGGUGUUUAGAACCAGGAACAAAUUCACAGGCUUGUUGGUUGGGGUCUUUCGUGGUCAACCAGAAAUGUGGGAACUGGUUCCACUAAAAGUGGCACAAUCAUUCCUUCCCAGCCCGUUAACCCAACCAGCAAGGCACAGGACACGUGUGGCUCCUGGGCCCGGAGAGCCUUUAGCACAUCAGAGAAGCUCAUUUUUGCAUCCCUCCUCCACAAUGCAUUGAAAGAAUAGGGCAGGGCCUGGGAGCUGAACCUCGAGGGCUCCCUGGUCCCAGGUGUGUCACCAAAGCCCCUGAAGGUGAAAGGAAGGCCGUGCCGUCUUUUGUCACAGCCCCAGCACCCGUGAGACUCUAUGCCACAUGACAAACUGAGUGGGGCAUCAGGCGCAGGCCAGCUCCGUCUGCCUCCUCCAAACCGGACCCUCCUCCUGUUCUCCCUCUGAUGCCCACCCCACCCCCCACUCCAUCUCUGUUUCUCUUUCACCUCCCUUGUUGUUCUGUUGUUCUUGCUGGUCCUACUGAGGAUGAGGAUGAUGGGGAUGGUAUCGUAAAUCAGACUGCUUCAACCCCGUGUUUUGGUGGUUGUGGGACCAGCUUUCCAGGGCCAAGAUAAGGGCCACUCCUCCUCCCACCCACCCCCGGCCAGGCGCUAAAAGGGGCUGCGGGGGAGUGGGGGGGGAACCCUUGCCCGAGAGGGAGGCCUGGAUCACUGCCUCCUCUUCUGGCUCCUCCCACUAAGGCCAGGGCCAGAAGCAAGUGUUUUUGCUACUGGUGCUUGGAAGUCCACCCUGUUGUAGGUGUUUAGGGGCCUGGCAAACUUUGUUGCAUGCCAGACACCAUAUUUUGCCUUGGGCCACGGCGGGGGGGGGGAAUUGUUGUCAGACAGAAGAGACGGCCCCAUUCCUGGCUCAUUUUUGCAUCCCUCCUCCACAAUGCAUGGAAAGAAUAAGGCAGCAUUUUGGUAUUUCAACUGCACUGUGACGUUGGGUGGGCCAAGAGCAGCCCACGGUGGCGGGCUUCAGCCUCUGAGCCUUGCCUUUGCAUGCUUGGUUAGCAACGGAGAUGGGCUGCCGUUCCUAGUUAGGGUCAGAGGGAAAAUGCCAGGAUGCAAUCUGCUCCCCACCCGCCCCUCAUCUCCGUGCUUUGCAAUCUUAGAUGACAAAGCCACCCAUGUUGUUGGGACACUAAACUCCCACAAUCAUUGCCCCUUCCACGAGGGGCUGUGAGAACAAUCCCUCCUUCCCAAAGCAACGUGUUCAGGGCUGGUGCGUCGGCCUUUGCAUGCAUGUGGGCUCAUUGGCCCAGCAAAAAUGGCUCCAGAGAGACAGGAAGGCCUGGGGUCUUGCAUGGAGCUGUCCUGGGAGCAGAGACCCCCUCCCCUCCCCCAGAGUUCAAAAAGGAAACUGGCUUGUGGCUUUUUGAACUCACUUAGAAGGAAGCUUGUUAAAAAGGGGCUCCAGUCGAAAGGGAAUUGCAGCAGACUCAAAAAGGGGCAGUUAAACCCUCUGGAUUAUAGGGAUGACGAGAGGCAGCGCGGGCUUUAUGGGUGACUAUAGAAGCCACAGCGUGUUGUUCCCCCAGAUACAGUGUGGGGCCCAUGAAAUUUUGGAGAUAAGCAAUUGAGCCUGGGCAGUUAGGUGGCACUCUCUGUGUUCUCUCUUAUUCUAGACUCUGUCUUUCUAAACAAUGGGGAAAAGAUCAUUCUCUUUGAGCGGCAGCUACAAAAGAACCCCCAUCCACGCCCACCAGAGUAACUGCAGCCUGCUUCUCAAAAGACCCACUGAGAGAAGAAUGAGUCGAGCACCCCUUGCCUUUUGGGGAAGGAAGUUGCAAAGCUGACGUCUUCAGCUGAGCAAAGGGUUACUGGUCAGGAGCUGAAGCCUAGCCACUUUUUUCUCCUGCUUUGAAAUGAAAGUCUCACUUUUUUCCCUUUUCUUUAGCGGUUUACCAUCCCACUUUCCCAUAGUCAGAUGGGAAUAGCCCAACACUGAUGGACAGACAUGUUCAUCGCUUUUCUGCAAGGAAUGGAUAGAUGUGGCAAAGCCAAGCCGACAAGGUCUUUGGCCCUGGAAGUAAACGGGCGGCCAAAAAGAGGCCGGAGAGACAGACUGGUGGUGGUCCUUCUUCACCAUCUUCCCAGAGCCACCACUUUGGGACAGGCCAUCGUCUGAAGGCCCCGUAUGCUGUGGCGGAGUGUAGGCCAGUCUGCUUUUGCCCGCCUGUCCUGGGCCCUGUCUCAGGUGUGGGGGUCUGAGAGAGGGCCUUCUGGGUGGCUGCUCCCAGGUGGUGGAAUUCCUUUUCCAAGAAAGAAUGGAAGGCGCCCUUCUCGGGUGUCAUUCUGUGGACAAAGGUAUGGACGGCUCUUCAGGGUUUCUUCCCCUUGGCAAUAGACCCUUCUUGUAGUUGGGGAGGGGGGCAGCUUUUCAUUAAGCGGGCGUGGGAUUUUCUUUAUUAGCGUGUUUCAAACUAUGUCCAUAUUGUAAAUGUUUUCAUAACUGAAUUUGCUAUGUGUGUUUUCCUCCUCCUUUCAUUCAGCCUUACUGUUGUGAGUUGCCUCCCAUCCCCUUUUUGAGCUGUCUUUUGUAGGCGAGCAAAAGACAGAAGAAGCCCCAAGAAGCCCCGUGGCCCUCUUCUCAAAGAGGACCUCACCAAGGCCAACUCAGGCAUCGCACUGCCCCCUCCAACACACACACACACACACACACACACACAC